AUGAAGAGACACAGCAGAGAAGUUUCACGUUGAACUAAAGGGAGUCAAACAUGUCAAUAUUCACACCAACUAACCAGAUCAGAUUAACAAAUGUCGCCGUCGUGCGAAUGAAGAAAGGAGGGAAAAGAUUUGAAAUAGCCUGUUAUAAAAACAAAGUGAUGAGUUGGAGAUCUGGAGCUGAGAAAGACCUCGAUGAAGUCCUGCAGACGAACACCGUGUUUGUAAAUGUGUCUAAGGGUCAAGUGGCAAAGAAAGAUGACCUGAAAGCUUUUGGCACAGAAGAUCUGACAGAAAUAUGCAAACAGAUUUUAUCUAAAGGAGAACUACAGGUAUCAGACAAGGAGCGUCACAAUCAGCUGGAACAGAUGUUUCGAGAUAUCGCAACAAUUGUGGCUGAAAAAUGUGUGAAUCCUGAGACCAAACGGCCCUACACAGUGAACCUUAUAGAGCGAGCGAUGAAGGACAUUCACUACUCCGUUAAAGCAAACAAAAGCACUAAACAGCAGGCACUUGAGGUCAUCAAACAACUGAAGGAGUCAAUUCAGAUCCAGAGAGCUCAUAUGCGGGUACGUGUCGUCUGGCCAGCCAAGGAUGGGAAGAGACUGAAAGAAAAGCUCAAAUCUUUAAUAAAGGUGGUGGAGAGCGAAGACUUUGAUGAAGAGCUUGAGAUGGUGUGUUUGAUUGAUCCAGGCUGUUUCCGUGAGAUUGAUGAGCUCAUCCGCUGUGAGACUAAAGGAAAGGGAGCUCUGGAGGUGCUCAGUCUCAAAGAUGUGGAAGAAGGAGACGAAAGACUAGAAUAACCUCUGCAUCCUCACCUUCUUCUUUAACUAACAAAUUAAAAUGUUGCCGAUUCAUUUUACAUGAGCAGUCUUAUUUUUGACAAGUUAUAUAUUUUUAUUAUGGCCUGUCAACGAGCUAAAGCAAUUGGAGAACCGCAGAUUAUUAUUACUAUUUGCAUUUAUUGAAUGAGGUUUUUUCAUAGCUUUUAAAGACUUCAGUAAAAAUUCCUAACAUAUUAAAUGAAAUACAAAAGUUCAGCUCAAUUGCAAUAGAGGUUUUUAUUUUCUGUGAAAAUGGAAGUGAUGUGGAUGAAUAAUAUAAAUUAUGUAGUUGUUCUGUAAUAAUGCUUUAUUAUUUUAGCAUGAUUUAUUUGUAUUUAAAAAUUGCCUUUAAAUAAGAAUGGACUGACAAACUAAAAAGCUCUCCUUAAACAUUGUGCCAAUUAAAAGUCAAGUA